GAUGACAAAAAGCGGAAGCACGUGUUAUGGGAAAAUAGAAAACAACAUGGAACCAGACGAAAUAUUAGAUUCUCAGAAAACAAAUGAACAGAAAUUAAAAGCCGUGCUUAAAUUGCUGAAAUCUGGCGAACUCGACAACGAAGGAAAGAAAAAAUACAAGAAAAUGAAGACUGAACUGAAGAAGUUGAUUGAGGAAGAAGAAAUAAACGGGAAUGAUGAAGGGUUGGCUGUAGAUGAAAAUGAAGAAAAACUCAAAGGGAAAAAGAAGAGAAAAUCUCUACCUGACACAGUAGACGAACCAGAUCAGAAAAAAGAAAAAUUAGAUGCAGAUAAUGAAAAAAUAGAUGGUGUGGAAGAAAGUGAAUUACCAGGCAGUAGUGUUGGAGCUAGAAUAUUAUCUGAUCAGUCAUUUAGUGCUUUAGCUGAAUCAGUAUCGGAGGAAUCAUUAAAAGGUGUAGCAGAUAUGGGUUUCACGCAAAUGACAGAUAUACAAGCAAAAAGUAUACCUCAGUUACUGGAAGGAAGAGAUUUAAUGGGAGCCGCAAGAACUGGAAGUGGAAAAACAUUAGCAUUUCUUAUACCUGCUGUAGAACUCUUACAUAAACUUAAAUUUAUGCCACGUAAUGGUACAGGGUGUAUUAUAAUAUCACCAACAAGAGAAUUAAGUAUGCAAACAUUUGGUGUUUUAAAAGAACUAUUAAAAUAUCAUUAUCAAACAUACGGUUUAGUCAUAGGUGGUGCAAAUAGAAAAGAAGAAGCUAAAAAACUUGGUAAAGGAAUCAACAUACUUGUGGCUACACCUGGACGACUGCUUGAUCACUUACAGAAUACACCAGAUUUUAUGUAUAAGAAUUUACAAUGUUUAAUAAUAGAUGAAGCUGAUAGAAUACUUGAUAUGGGUUUUGAAGAAGAAAUGAGAUCAAUUAUUAAAUUAUUACCAAAACGUCGUCAAACGAUGUUGUUUUCUGCCACCCCAACUAGAAGAACAGAAGAUUUAGCGAGAAUAUCAUUAAAGAAAGAACCAUUAUAUGUUGGUGUUGAUGAUACUAGAGAAGAGGCUACUGUAGAUGGCUUACAACAGGGUUAUGUUAUUUGUCCGUCAGAUAAAAGAUUUCUGCUUUUGUUCACAUUUUUAAAGAAGAAUAGAAAGAAGAAAAUUAUGGUGUUUUUUAGUUCUUGUAUGUCCGUUAAAUUUCAUUAUGAACUUCUCAAUUAUAUUGAUCUACCAGUUUUAAGUAUACAUGGAAAACAAGCACAGGACAAAAGAACCAACACAUUUUUCAAGUUUUGUAAUACAAAAGAAUGCAUAUUAUUAUGUACAGAUGUAGCUGCUAGAGGUCUGGAUAUUCCAGAAGUAGAUUGGAUCAUCCAGUUUGAUCCACCAGAUGAUCCAAAGGAAUAUAUACAUAGAGUAGGUAGAACAGCUCGUGGUGAUGGAGGUAUUGGUCAUGCUUUACUUAUCUUACGACCUGAAGAAUUGGGUUUUCUUAGAUAUCUUAAACAGUCCAAAGUCCAGUUAAAUGAAUUUGAGUUUUCUUGGAGUAAAAUUGCAAAUAUACAACCGCAGCUAGAGAAAUUGAUCAGUCAAAAUUAUUUCUUAAAUAAAUCUGCAAAAGAAGGAUAUAAAGGUUUUGUUGGAUCUUAUGCUGCUCAUGCUCAUAGAGAUAUAUUUGAUGUACAGUCUUUAGAUUUACAGAAGGUAGCUUUGUCAUAUGGAUUUUCUGUUCCACCUUAUGUUGAGCUCAAAGUGAGCUGUAAAGGCCCAGGUAUUAGGAAGAAAAAGACACAUUCAACUAAACAGAAGAUUGAAUAUAGACCAGCAUCAAAGAAACAUAAGUCUAAAUGAAAAAAUAUAAUAAAGAUGUUACCUUAAAUAAGAAGAAUGACAGAAUAUAAAUAAACACAUGGUAUACUCUUAAUGUUAUUGGAAACAUACAAGGCACACAAUAAAGUGUAAAUUUUGUGUUAUACUGAAUAACAAAAGUGAUCUUUAAAAAGUCAUUAAAUAUAGCAUAUGAAUAUCAUUAAAUGUCAAGACAUUGGUAGGUGUGUUUUCAUGUAUAUCUUUAUGACACGACUGGCAUUUUAUAAUUGUAUAUAGAUAUACAAAAUGUUUCAUUGGAUCCCUCAAAUAAAUGGUCAAUAUUUCAGAAAUGA